UCAAUGGAAAAUAUGGAAUCAGUGAAAGAAGAAGUCAUUGUUGCACACAAAAACAAUUUCACACUUAAUCUGACUCACAUCCCUAAACUCAUGUAGCAUUUGAAGUGUUUUCUGCCUAAGAAUCUGAAAUUGGUUAUAUGCCCUCACCUGUAGAGAGAAUAAAAUGUGAAAAAUCAAAAAAAGAAAAGAAUAGAUUGCAGAUUCAAGCUCAAGAAAUAAGAUUAAAAAUGAAAACACUAAGUUUCUCAACUAAUGAGUAGUAAGCCACAUAAUGAAUCAAAAAUUGCUAAAUAAUUCCAUCAAACAAAGGUUUUAGUUUACAUUUUUACCUUUAUUUUCUGCCAUCAGCUAUAAAAUGAAGAGAAAAAAUGUACGUCAUUUCUUGAUUAAUAAGAGAUAAGGUGUGUUCAAUCAGUCAUAUUUGAGAAAUAGAUGAGAUUAAGAAUUAAAAUCCCUCAGUUCCUUAACUAGUUAGUAAGCCACAUAAUCAAUCAACAAACACUACAAAUAAUCAAAUCUCAAAAGAUAGACCAACAAAAGGAAAAGCUAUUGCAGAUUCGUUCUAAAGAAAGCAAGCUAGAAAAAAAAAUGACACUCUAAUUGAAAAAUGCUUAAGUUGAGUUAUUUUAACAAUUCAUGAACAAUUCUAUAAAUAAAAGAGAUUUAAACUUUUAAUAAGAAAGAAUCAAGAAGAAGAAACAGAGGAACCAAAGAAUAAAUACCAUCAUUAAACUUAGCUAGGACUUGAUUAAAAAGUACUAGUAUGUUACUACUUUUCGUAUAUAUUUUCAAAGGACACAACAUUGUUUUUUAUUACUGAUCGUGUAUCACAACUUGCCAUCUAGAAAUCAAACUUAUUCAGAAAUAGGAACAAGAAAAUGGAAAACAUAGACACGCACGAGAGGGGGAGUAUCAAUCUCUGACUCAAUUCAAAAUCAUUAAUACUAGAGAACUUGAAUCUGAAAAGUAAACCGAAAUGCUCAAAAACGCAAGGAUAGAAUUGAGAAAAAUACCUGAACCGGCCAGACAACACUAAACAAGAGGGUGAUCACUGAUCAUCCCCAACACUAAAACCGAACCGGACCGAGCCAAGAUUUUAAAAAUCUCUAGUGGGUAACCUUAACCGAGGAACAAAAGUUGAUUUGAUCCGGCCCAUUGGCAUCGUAGCCCAACAGUAAAAUCCCAAGAUAAAUGAACCUUCACAUGUGGUGGGUGAUAGACUGAUCGAUAGGUUAACGCAAGAAGAUCAUCAUCAACGUCAUGGACUCCUCAUCAUCAUCACAAGGUGAGAUCUCAGAUCUUUACCAUGUGUACACUGCUUCAAACGUUUCUCUCUUUCUGUUAUUUCGACUUUUAGUUUUGGAUGAAUAUCAUAUAAUUUAUUUGUGCGAUUUUGAAUUUUUUUUUUUUCCUAGGGCUUCCAGUGGCGCUGGGAGGGUUAAAGAGUACUACCGUUAUCCAGCCAUGGAAGCUUUUCACAAAGGAUGUGUCCGCCGUUAUUUUGCGGACGUGUUGCAUGAGAUGGUGGAUGAUCCUUCGACGGAUUCUAUCGUGUCGUGGAGCCAAGACGGUAAGAGUUUCAUCUUUUGGGAUCAGGACAAGUUUUGCAGCGAUGUUCUUCCCAAGUUUGGGCUUAGCACGUCUCCAACGUUCUUUGUUUGCCUUACAAACAUCUAUCUCUUCCGGAAAGUUGAGGAGUCUGAGCACUGCGAAUACGCACACGAUUACUUUGUGAGAGGCAAACCUGAGCUUACGGUGAAGAUUGAGAGGCAGUUCAAGGAAAGGGGUGCUCCAAUUAAGCUUGCCAUCAAGCCACAUGAACCGGCUUACAAGGAGAGUAGGGAGAGAAUUAGGGCUUUCAUGCUGGCCAAGAAAGCCGCUAGGAGUCUAUCUCUUAAGGAAUAGACCAACCACCAUCUCUCUCUAUGUCUAUUAUCUUAUUAUUAAUAAAAUACUCUAGAAUGGGAGAUUCGGCCUCCCUAUCCUUAAUCUUUCCCUUAAGAUCAUUCUGUUGGUGUUUGCGCUUUUGCCUUGUUUCCGUUUGCUCUUAUCUUAUUGUUUCCGUACAAACAUUGGUUAUUCCCUCUUACUUGAGUUCAAACAACUCAGACGUUUAAAAAAAAAAGCUUUGUAGGUAAAACACGUGUACAGAUUAUAAAUAUGGAAACUCUUUAGAUCUUUUAGGGAAACAUACACAGAGAGUUUUUAAUGACUGGACAGAUGGCCAGACAGUUAGAAACCAGUAAACAAGAGUCUGAACAUGCAUGGUUGUCUCCCUGACAGUCCCAUCGUCUCUAGCAUUUCUCCAGUGGCAGUGCCUGUUUGGUCAAAACCUCCAGCCCUUGCCCUGAAGUGUAACAUUGGUGCUACGUGGUCUGCAACAUCACCGGUCAGUGGGGCAGGUUGGAUCAUUAGAGAUUCUGUAGGUAAAGUGCUAUCUCAUAGCAGAAGAGCUUUUAGUGGAGUGGUCUCGAGUACACAGGCAGACCUUCUGGCACUAUUCUUGGGCUAAUUCUGCUGCGGUAAUUGACCUUAAACUGAAGAAUAUAAUGUUUGAAUGCUCUUCCGUUAAAGCUGCAGAUGCGCUUAAUAACCCGCUGGAGCAUCCCUCUUCUUAUCACCUAUGUCAUGAAGUAGUCAAUAACGUUUACUCACUGGCUAAGAGCGGUUUGUUUCUAGUUUCUGAUAACUGUAACGUUGCAGCCUCUGCAAUUGCGGACAGUGUUACAAAGGACCAACGUCUGCAAUCAUAUGUUGCUUUUGGUGGGCCUCAUUGGCUGUCUGCUGUUCUGUUGCAGGAGGCAACUUAAGGCUACUCUGUUGCUGAUUAAUAUUAGCAGGAUAAGGCUCGGUUCUG